UCUAACCGCUAACAUACGCACUUCUCUAGCUCAUUCAUCAUCUCUCUGUGUAUAUAAAUUUACAUUUGUCGCGAAGCUCUCAUUGAAUGUCGGUUCCGCAGAGGAUUAUCUGCGUUUUUGCAUUCAAAAUUUCCACGGCUUCUACCAAUCUCAGGAGUUUCAUUCUAUUCAACAACCGCUCUUCUUUGUCCGCUUUUCUUCCGGUAACACAGGCUCUGAGAUUAAGCAGCUCCGUCUCUAAUUCGCCGAUGCCGAACUACAAGAAAAAGGCUGGCAAAAGAGAAGGAGUAUGGAAAGAGAUGCAAAGUGGAGGGCUUAGUUCAUCCAUGGAGGCUACGCCAGCACCUGCCGAAGCUAUUGCAGAUAGGCUUAGUGGGUUGAGUAUGGUUGAAAAUGCUGGGCAGACAUCUGUUCCAGUUUCAUCCAUACGAUUUGGCAGUGUUCCACUGGCAAACCAGACCCCGGUGAAAAGUCAAAAAACCAUUUGGAAGCCCAAGAACUAUGGAACAGUUAGUGGAGCUCCAGCAGUGGAAGUUGAGACUCCAGUUCCUCAUCAAAGUUCGACAGCCCCCGAAAUUCAGAUGCAGGGUGCUGAAACUGCACCAACUAAAAAUAGCAGUGUUGGUUUGAGUAAGAUACUUAAAGGUCCGCUGGGAGCAGAUUUCAAUGUGGAUAACUUUACGUAUUCUCUUGCGCAAAUUAGAGCCACCUUCUAUCCCAAAUUUGAAAAUGAGAAGUCAGACCAAGAGGUUCGGACGAGAAUGAUAGAGACGGUCUCUCAUGGCCUGGCCACAGUGGAGGUCUCACUUAAGCAUUCAGGGUCUCUUUUUAUGUAUGCGGGGCAUGAGGGUGGAGCAUAUGCAAAGAACAGCUUUGGAAAUGUAUACACUGCUGUUGGGGUUUUUGUUCUUGGACGGAUGUUCUGCGAGGCAUGGGGCACUGAAGCAACAAAAAAGCAAUCAGAAUUCAAUGAUUUUCUUGAGAGGAACCAUAUGUGCAUAUCGAUGGAACUUGUAACUGCUGUUCUAGGAGAUCAUGGUCAGCGGCCCCGGGAAGAUUAUGUUGUGGUGACUGCAGUCACAGAACUGGGCGAUGGAAAACCAAAGUUCUACUCUACUCCUGAUAUAAUUGCUUUCUGUAGGAAAUGGCGCUUACCAACCAAUCAUGUUUGGUUGUUCUCAACAAGGAAAUCUGUGACAUCCUUUUUUGCAGCCUAUGAUGCAUUAUGCGAAGAAGGAACUGCAACAACUGUAUGUAAGGCUCUUGAUGAAGUUGCUGAUAUCUCUGUACCAGGAUCAAAAGACCACAUACAGGUACAAGGUGAAAUCUUGGAGGGCCUUGUGGCUCGUAUAGUUAGUCCUGACAGCUUGAAACAUAUGGAGAAAGCUUUGGCAGACUUUCGUACUCCACCAUUAGAUGGAGAUGGUCUAAAUUUUGGGGCAAGUCUUCGUGAAAUAUGUGCUGCCAAUAGGUCAGAUGAGAAGCAGCAAAUAAAAGCACUCCUUCAGAGUGUUGGACCUUCUUUUUGCCCCAACGGUUGUGAUUGGUUUGGAAAUGGAGAUGGUGAUGCUCAUUCAAGAAAUGCUGAUCGAUCGGUUCUUUCAAAAUUUUUACAAGCUCAUCCUGCUGAUUUUUCCACCACCAAAUUGCAGGAGAUGAUUCGUUUAAUGAGAGAAAAGCGUUUUCCGGCUGCUUUUAAAUGUUAUUAUAAUUUCCACAAGUUAGAUUCCUUGGCUAGUGAUAACCUGCAUUUUAAGAUGGUUAUUCAUGUACACAGUGAUUCAGCUUUUCGACGAUAUCAGAAGGAGAUGAGGAACAAGCCUGGACUGUGGCCAUUGUAUAGAGGCUUUUUUGUUGACAUAAACUUAUACAAAGUGAACAAAGAUAAAGCAAGUGAAAUUUCCAAAGGCAGCAAUGUACAAGAAAAAAGUGUCAAUGGUACUAGCUGUGGCAAAACUACAUCAGGAGCAGAUGGUUUGGCAGAUGAAGAUGCAAACUUAAUGAUCAAGCUGAAAUUUCUCACGUACAAGUUACGAACUUUUUUGAUUCGCAAUGGCUUGUCAAUUCUUUUUAAAGAAGGUCCCGCAGCUUACAAAGCGUAUUAUUUAAGGCAAAUGAAAAUAUGGGGCACUUCAGCUGGGAAGCAGAGGGAACUCAGCAAGAUGCUUGAUGAAUGGGCUGUGUAUAUACGGAGGAAGUAUGGAAACAAUCAAUUGUCAUCAUCCAUAUACCUCAGUGAAGCUGAGCCAUUUCUCGAGCAAUUUGCAAAGCGCAGUCCAGAGAAUCAGGCUUUGAUAGGAGCAGCCGGAAAUCUUGUCAGGGCUGAAGAUUUCUUGGCUAUUGUCGAAGGAGACAGGGAUGAAGAGGGUGAUCUUGAGGUGGAGCGGGACAUUGCACCUUCAAGCCCUAGUCCAACUGUUAAGGACACUGUUCCAAAAGCUGAGGGUUUGAUUGUGUUCUUUCCAGGAAUACCUGGUUGUGCUAAGUCCGCACUUUGCAAGGAAAUACUAAGUGCUACUGACGGACUUGGAGAUGACCGGCCUGUGAAUAGUCUUAUGGGUGAUCUUAUCAAAGGAAGAUAUUGGCCAAAGGUUGCUGAAGAACGUAGGAAAAAACCAUAUGCUAUAACCCUUGCUGACAAAAAUGCUCCAAAUGAAGAAGUCUGGAGGCAGAUUGAGGACAUGUGCCGCAGCACAAGGGCCUCUGCUGUUCCGGUUGUUCCUGAUUCUGAAGGCACUCAUUCAAAUCCAUUUUCUCUUGAUGCAUUAGCAGUUUUUAUGUUCCGUGUACUGCAGAGAGUCAAUCACCCGGGAAACCUGGACAAAGCAUCUCCAAAUGCUGGCUAUGUCCUGUUAAUGUUCUACAACCUUUACGAGGGCAAGGAUCGUCGAGAAUUUGAGAGUGAAUUGAAUGAACGUUUUGGCGCACUUGUCAAGAUGCCAUUGCUCAAGACUGAUAGCAGGAGUCCUUUACCUGAUCCUGUGAAAUCUAUACUGGAGGAAGGAUUAAGUCUAUAUAGGCUUCAUACCAAAAGGCACGGAAGAUUGGAAUCCUCCAAAGGAUCAUAUGCAAAGGAGUGGGCUAUAUGGGAAAAGAAAUUACGGGAAAUUUUAUUUGGGAAUGCUGAGUAUCUCAAUUCUAUUCAGGUCCCUUUUGAUUAUGCAGUCAAACAAGUGUUGGAGCAACUAAAAACCGUUGCAAAGGGUGAUUUUUCAGUGCCCAAUACUGAGAAGAGGAAGUUUGGAACCAUAGCUUUUGCGGCUGUCACCUUACCUGUUACAGAAAUCAGGAACCUCCUCAACAAUUUAGCUGUGAAGAAUCCGAAGGUUGAAGCUUUCCUCAAGGGUAAGGAUAUGGAGAACAGCCUAAAGAAGGCUCAUGUAACUCUUGCUCACAAGAGGAGCCAUGGUGUCACUGCUGUCGCUAGUUAUGGUAUGUACCUCCAUCGAGAGGUACCUGUUGAUUUUACUGCAUUGUUGUUCUCUGAUAACUUGGCUGCCCUAGAAGCCCACCCUGGCUCUGUUGAUGGUGAGAAGAUAACUUCAAAAAACCAGUGGCCCCAUGUGACCAUAUGGACUGGAGGACUUGCAGCCAAGGAAGCCAACACACUACCACAGCUGCUUUCAGAGGGGAAAGCAACUCGCAUAGAGAUCAACCCACCUGUCACCAUCCCAGGGUCUUUGGAUUUUUAUUAAGCUUCUUCAAAGUUUUAUUACUAUAUAAUCUGGAUGGUUCUUGUGGUGGCCUCCAAGAUCAGUAUCAUCGUAUGGCAUUGUUACUCUCUCCUUGGGUUUUGAGGACAUGAGAUAAGGGAAUAGGUAUGGCCUGCCAUGGAGAAGAGAAAAUCUUCUGUUGGAAAUUAAGCAGUUUUGCUCCGAGUUUAUGUA